AUGCGACUACUUGCAGCUCGCGUGUGCGCUUACGACCCCGACCGUGUCGUCCGAAGCGCGAGCUCACAAGGGGCACCGCGCCGCUACAACAUCUGCACCGACAUCCAGUUCGACACCGUCGAGAACGUCGUGAUCGCCAUGUUCGAGCUCCCGGGCGUGAAGAAGAGCGACGUCCGCAUCUCCAUCGCAACCUGCCCGUUCAGUCGCGUCAAGCAGCUCACGGUGUCCGGCACGUCUCGCAGUGCACUCGGCACGGAGCGGGGGCACACGAUCCGGGAGCGCAAGUUUGGUGAUUUCUCCAAAAGCAUCGGCGUACCGCCAGAGACCCAGCCUCGCGACGUGCACGCGAUCAUGGAAGACGGUGUGCUCACGCUGAGAAUACCCGGCGGUCAACCAACGCAAGCCUUCCAGCCGCAAGACGUGCCCCUCGUGUGA